GACUGGCCGGGCUUUGAGCAAAAAUGAAACUUAAGACAGGGAGGAAGUCCUAAAGGAAGAACAUGAACAGUGGAGGUGGGAGCACCAAGAGAAGCAGGCAGACGAGUGUGAGACUGGGAGCAUCUCAGCAGCUGAGAACAGAUAUGGCCUCCACAUCUACAUCACCCUGUGAGCCGUCCUUACUGGAGAAACAUAUAACCUGCUCCAUGUGCAAGGAAAUUUUUAAGGAUCCCAUCAGUGCAGCUUGUGGUCACUCCUUCUGCAAGGACUGCCUUCGCUGCAACUUUAAAUACAAUGACAUGCAUUGCCCACAUUGCAAGACACCUCUAAAUAAAAAACCUGUUGCGAACAUCGUCCUGAGAGACAUUGUCCAGCAGCUGAAAAAAGACGACGAGGCUGCAGGGCCCGAUGACGUAGCCUGUGAUGUUUGUACGGAGCAGAAGCGGAAGGCGAAGAAGUCCUGCCUCGUGUGUCUCGCCUCGUAUUGCUCGACCCACGUGGAGAAUCAUUACUCGACUGAGCGGCUGAAGGGCCACAAGUUAGUGGAGCCUGUGGAGAAUCUGGAUGAGAGGGCUUGUUUAACCCACGGACGCCCCCUGGAGCUGUACAGCAGGAAGCAGCAGAAAUGCAUCUGUGUUCGUUGCGUGAAGGAUGGUGAGGAGGAAGUCAUCUUUACUGAGGACGAAUGGGUCAAGAAGAAGACUGAACUCGAGAACAACAAGACAGAGCUGCAAGAUAAAAUUGAGAAGAGAAAAACAAAGGUGGAUGAGAUCGCUAAAGCUCUUAAGGACUGUAAGGAAGUGCUGGACAACGAGUGGUGGGACAUUGAGGGCGUGUUCACGGCUGUGAUUGCCAUCAUGGAGGAGGCCCAUGCCAGAGCGCUGCAGCCGCUAAAGGACAGGAGGCAGGUUUUGGAGAAGGAAGCCAAAAACCUCAAAGAUGAGUUGGAAGCAGAGAUCAACAAACUGGAGACGACCUUUUCUGAAAUGGACGAUAUAUCAGCGCUGGAGGAUCACAUUCUUUUCCUGCAGAGAUACCCGUCUCUUCAAGAUCCAAACAACAUGAAAGACUGGACAGAAGUAGAGCUGGAUACAUCUCUGUCGUUUGGCACCAUGAGAAAAACCACAGCAGCUAUGAUGGAAAAAAUCCAACAGGAACUGGAGAAAUUGGUCCCUAUUGAACUAAAGAGGGUCCCUACAUUUACAGUGGAUGUGAAGCUGGAUCCAGCUACGGCACACAGACGCCUUGUCGUCUCGAAAGACGGCAAACAAGUGAAAGAUGGAGGAGAGGACCAGGAAGUAGCCGAUGACCCUGAGAGGUUUGAUCUGUUCGGCAGUGUCCUGGGGCUGGACAGCUUCACCUCGGGGAAGUCCUACUGGGAGGUGCAGGUCAACAAGACUGGCUGGGAUCUGGGUGUAGCGAGGGGCGACGCAAACCGAAAGGGGCAACUCAAACUGAACCCAGACAACGGUUACUGGGUGACCGUGCUGUAUAAAGAUGAAAAGUUUGCCGCCCUGACAACCCCACCGCUUCGUCUUUCCCUGGAGGAGAAGCCUGAGAAGGUGGGGGUGUUUGUGGACUACGACGAAGGUCUCGUCUCUUUCUACAACGUCACGGCUCAGUCUCACAUCUACUCGUUCACCGACUGCUCCUUCAAAGAUGAGCUUUACCCAUAUUUCAGUCCUCAUGUCAAACAAGACGAGAAGAACGCUGAGCUUUUGAUUAUAUCUGCUGGGAAACGGUGUGAGGAGGACAUGGAUGAGUCAUGAACAGUGUGUUUGUGUUACAGUUUUGUUGUUCAAACAUCCUUGACUCCUUUCCUCAACUUAUCUUCUUGUGCGUUAGUCCUUGUCAGAUGAACAUAGCUGUGUUCAUGACAUCCUAUAUAUAUAUAUAUAUAUAUAUAUAUAUAUAUAUAUAUAUAUAUAUAGUUUUUUUUAACCAACAUUCUUUUUAUUGUUUUCACAGUAUAACAAAGAUAACAUAAUUAAAAGAUACGAUUACAUGCAUUGAACAAACAUGUCACCCCCCGACAUUCCCACCCUCCAAAUUACUCAGAUUCUUGGUUGGGAAUCAAGUUAGUGAGUUAUAGUCCAUUUCAAUUCAGUAUAUCGGGAAAAAAAACUCCACACAUUUCUACCCUAUUGAUUACUGCAGUGGGCCCCUGUUUACAUGUCCUUGAGUUCUUCCAUUGCACAUGACAGAUCUGUUCUUGAAACGAAGUAAAUGAAGGGGACCCAUAUCUGAUGAAAAUGAUGUGGUUGGUGUUUUACUGUGUAGGUAAUUUUCUCUAAGGAGAGGGUUGAACAUAGCUCAGACAACCACCUGCUCACUCUUGGUCUUCUGAUGUUUUUCCGUGAGAGGGCUCUCUUUGCCAUUAAUAUGCUUCAAUCUACAAAUAUUCUUUGAUUCUUUUUAAUCUUCAGAUUAUCUGGCUAUAAACCCCAAUAUAAAUAGCUGUGGAAAUAAGGGUACUUGAAUCUGUAAAAUAUUUUGAAUACAUUGUUUAACUUGUCAAUUUUUUUGUGUUUCUGUACAUUGCCAAAUACAAUGGAAAAGAGCAUUUUUUUCUUCUCACACUUAAUACAAGUAUCAGGUAUAGUGCUAUUAUAUCAGUUAAGUUUUUCAGGAGUUAUAAAUGUUUGCAUCAACCAACUGUAUUGUAGUAGCCUUAGGUGGGUGUUAGUAGUUCUCAGAUGUGCUUUAGUACAUGCCUCCUCCCACUUUUCCAUUGAGAUGAGGUCCUCCCUCCAUGCCCCCAACUGUCCUGCAAAUGUUUCUGUAUUUCCAUCUACCAGGUAUUUAUACAUUUUGGAAAUGAAAUCCCUCUCUAAAUAACUCCUAUUCAUUAUUUUUUCUAUAAUAGACAUUUUGAGGAUGCAUAACUUUUGAUCUGGUGCAUUCUGAUGAAAUUUUUCCACUGCAGGUAUUUAAAAGAGUGAUUAUAUAUUACUUAUUAUAUAAUAAAUCUAUUAACCAUUUCUCCAAAUGUCAUCAGCACCUUUUGCAUGUUGUAAAGGUCUCCUAUUUUUCCUCAUCCCUUGAUAGCCCAAGAUUUAAAUCCCCUGUCUGUUUUCCCUGGAGGGAAGGAGUCAUUUCUCCAUAUUGGGUUGAAGACAGAGAGGGAGGACGUUUCAGAUAUUUUUUAACCUGAUGCCACACUGUUAUCAUAUUUUUCACUAUAGGGUUGUUUGCAUUCUUUUUAAGGAUUUUAGUGCUUGCUGAGUGUAGGCAUGUCCGGAGUGGCAGACUUAGAUGGAGUUCCUCCAUUUCUUUCCAGAGAGGAGCAUCUCUUUCUGUGAAGAAAAACAUCAGUGUUCUUAACUGUGCUGCCCAGUAACACCAGAGAGGAUGGGUGCAUUUGAGUCCCCCUCUGUCAUAAGGUGAGAACAAUAGUGAGAGUAGUGUCCAAGGACGCCUAUUAUUCCGUAAAAAAAUUAUUUUUUAAGUUGAGUGAACAGGUUGUUUGGAGGGGGAAGUGAACUAUUUUUAAACAAAUACAAUAGUUUAGGUAGUAUAUUCAUUUUAAAGACAUUUAUUUUCGUAAUUAGUGACAUUGGUAUGAUUGUCCACCUAUCUAGUGAUUUUGAGAUGUCUUGAAUAAAUGGUUCCUAAUUACUAGCUGCAAUGUAUUCAAGUCGUGGGGCAAUUUGAAUGCCCAGAUAUGUAAAUACGAUACGAUUUUAAAUUGAGUGGCAGUUUUAGGGGGGCUUUUACUUUCUAUUAGAUUCAGAAUCAUUAUUGAUGAUUUUGAUCUGUUUAAUUUAUAUCCCGAGAAUUUUCCAAAUACGUUAAUGAGUUCUAAUAGUUCAGGAGUGGAUUUUUCCUUCUUUUUUAAGAAAUAUCAUGAUGUCAUAUGCAAAUAGAGCCAAACGGUGCUUCUGUUGUCCAAUUGAUAUACCAGUUAUGUUUUGGUGUGUUCUUACUGCUAUUGCCAGCGGUUCUAUAGCCAUAAUAAGUAGCAGAGGGAUCUCCUUGUCUACAUCCUCUUUGUAUCUUUAUGGUUUUGGAUAGAUUACAACUAGUCAUAAGUUCAGCGUAUGGUUCUGUAUAAAGUAGUUGUAUACAUUUAUUAAUGUUUUCUCCAAAACCAAAAGGUUUAAGGAUUUCAAAUAAACAGGGCCAUUUGACCCUGUCGAAAGCUUUUUCAGUGUCUAUUAACAGUAAUGCUGUAUCUGCUGCUCCUUUUUCCUCAAUUAAUAUAUUUAGGAUCCUAACAUGAUGGAAGCCUUGCCUACCUUGUACAAACCCAUUGAUCUUUGUCAAUGAUAUUUGGCAUUAUUUUCUCAAGUCUCCUGGCUAUUAUUUUACUCAAAAUUUCAAAUCAAUUGACCUAAAGUUUUCUCACUUUUUAUUUGGUUUGCCUGGUUUUGGCAGCAGCAUGAUUAGAGCACCUCUUAAGGAUGCUGGAAGGAUUCCAUCAUGAAAGGAUUCCUUAAACAUUCCUAAUGAUGAUGUCAGCAGUCUAUGUUUGAACAUUUUAUGAGGGGGUUAAGGGUUUUUUUUCCUAUUUGGGUGUCGUCAGUAGCUAAAGAUAAUUCCACUAACGUUAUAUAUCCUGGGGAUUUGAAUAUUGUCUAAGAAAUUAUUCAAUUCAGAUGUAUUUGGAUCUAUUUCUCAGCUAUAAAGCUUUUUAUAAAAUAUCUUGAAGAUUUCAUCAAUUUCCACAAUAUUUUCAUUAUUAUCAUUUUAUAGUGAGGUUAUCAGUCUUUCGUUCUGUAGUUGUUUGAUGCACCAAGCGAGCAUUCAGUCAGAUUUUUCACCUUGAUCAUGGACUGUCUGCUUAAGUUGUAAUAAACUUGAUAAACCUUU